AUGUCUUCCGAGGAGAAUAUCACUCCUCUGUCGGCAGAAGUUCACCGGCAGAAGGAUUCUAAAGAAGCCGGAUCCGACGAUGUCGUUCAGAAUGGCGAGGUGGACGUCAUUGACGACAAUGGGGCGCGCAAGAUUCUGCCAUACGAGGCUGAUGAUUCCCCUUUCCCGGAAGUACGCGCGGUCGUCUCUCCGGUCGAUGACCCCUCAUUGCCGGUCAAUACUGUGCGAAUGUGGGUCAUCGGUAUAAUCUUCACUACCGUCGGCAGCGGAUUGAACCAACUGUUCAGUUUGCGCCAGCCCAGUGUCACGAUCAGCUCGCUCGUCGCGCAGUUGCUGGCGUAUCCUGUCGGCGUCGCCUGGGCCAAGUAUGUGCCUCUUGGGAUGUUUAAUCCCAAUAGAGAAUUCAACAUCAAAGAGCAUGCCUUGAUCACGAUCAUGGCAAAUGUGUCCUUUGGGUCCGCAGAGGCUACGCAGGUCAUUCAGGCGACUAUGAAGUUCUACAACCUCGGGCCUCAGGCCGGCUACGGAGUCCUUUUUGUCCUUACAAGCCAGCUCUUUGGAUUUGGGCUCGCUGGGCUGUUCUAUCGGUGGCUGGUGCUACCUGCGACAAUGAUCUGGCCUAGCGUUUUGUCAAAUGCGGCGCUCCUGACAACCUUGCAUUCCCGAGUCAAUGCUAUCGCCGACGGCUGGACUGUUUCUCGACUCCGCUUCUUCCUGUAUAUCUUCAUUGGAGGAUUUGUCUGGUAUUUUCUUCCAGGAUUUCUGUUCACUGGUCUCAGUACAUUCAGCUUCAUUUGCUGGAUCGUACCGAACAACGUAGUGGUCAAUCAGCUGUUCGGGCAGGUGUCUGGCCUGGGAAUGUCGAUGUUGACGUGUGAUUGGAGUCAGAUAGUCUAUGCCAACCAGAGCCCUCUGUUGACACCGUUCUGGGCGGGACUGAACGUGAUGGGAGGUUUUGCCCUGUUCUUCUGGCUGAUAUGCCCUCUGAUAUACUAUACCAACACCUGGUACUCUGCAUACCUCCCGUUAAUAAACUCGAACACUUUCGACAAUACAGGCAAGGUGUACAACACAAGCCGAAUCAUGAAUGCGGAUGGCACGGUGAACGUGGAGGCGUACCGCGAAUACUCGCCCAUGUUCCUCCCGGCAGCCUAUGCUCUGACCUACGGCGUCUCGUUUGCAAACUUGACUGGAAUCUUCGUGCACAUCGCUCUCUACCACGGAAAGGACCUGUGGCGGAUCUGGAAGGGAUCGGGGAAGAAAGAUAUCCAUGCCCGCUUGAAUGCAGCCUACCGUGACGUGCCAUGGUGGUGGUUCGCCAGCGUGACGGUUCUGAUGUUGGUAGUGAGCAUCGUCAUCAACGAAGUCUGGCACACAGACCUUCCGGUGUGGGCAGUGUUCGUGGCUUACAUCCUGCCACUGAUCUAUUUCCUCCCCGUGGGCGUGAUAAAGGCCAUCAGCAAUAUCACUUCCAACCAGCUGAAUCUCAUCACGGAAUUCAUCGGGGGCUACGCGUUUAUGGGGAAGCCUAUCGCCAACAUGGCAUUCAAAUUCUACGGCUUUGUUGGCGUAUACCAAGGAAUAGAGUUUGUCGCAGAUAUGAAGCUCGCCCACUAUCUUCACAUUGCACCUCGAACUCUGUUCUUUGCCCAGGGGAUCGCAACGGUGGUGGGCGCUCUAGUGCAGGCGGGCGUGACUAUAUACAUCCUUACCAAUGUCGACGGGGUGUGCUCGACGAAUGCGCCAAACGGCUACACGUGCCCCCACGGUCGUGUCACCUAUUCCUCGUCUCUAAUCUGGGGCGCAUUGGGUCCGAGUAGAAGUUAUUCGCCGGGUCAGCUGUACGGGAAUCUCCUCUGGUUCUUCCUCGUUGGUCCAGCCGCGGUUCUCAUCACCUAUUUCCUGUCGCGACGAUGGACGGUCUUUCGGUAUGUGUCGUGGCCUGUGAUUUUCGGCGGCAUGGGUCUUGUUCCUCCGGCUACGGGGGUCAACUUUUCGUCAUGGUGGGUCGUUAAUGUCAUCUUCAACGGUCUGAUCAAGCGACGCAAGCCAGCGUGGUGGGCUAAAUAUACCGACGGAGUAUCGAGGAGCCUCCGCUUGCACGAAGAUAUUGCUGGCGAUGAUUCCUCCCAUAUUCCCUACGCCAACCUGGAUGGCCAGUCCGAUGGCCCUCUUGUAGUGUCCGCCCAGGUUGUUGGCCAUCCAGACGAUCGCCACCGGCUGGACGAUGUAGCAGCCGGCUGUCACGAAGAAGACUGCCAUGUAGCGGACAUGCGGAUCCAGACCGCCAUGAGGGGGUCCUUGACACAGCAGGAUGACGUAUCCGAUGCUCGCGAAGACGACGCCAAACAUCAUGAACCCGUAGCGGUGCUGCAGACGAUCCGUCAGCAUCGACACGGCCAGCGUGACCACCGACGCGACGACCCAGAUGGGGAUGCUGUGGACCUGGCUUUGCACGCCCGAGUACCCAAGCGAUGCGACGAUCGUGGGGACGAAGAGGGAGGUCGCGUAGCCGGACACCGUCACUCCGAUAUAGACCAUGCUGACUACGAGGAUCUUCCAGUCUGUCAGGAUACGUUUCCACGCAGGGAUAUCGAGGCGGUCCAUUCGCAGAGAAACUGCAAUCGAGAGGAGGCCCUCGAUGAUGAAAAUCCAGCGCCAGCCCGAAUACCCGCUAAUUUCAUUCAUAUGGAACAAGGCGUAUGCGAGGAGACCGCCAAAAGCUCCCGCCACGAGACCAGCGACCCAGAAAAGGGAGAAGCGCUGCUGGAACUCGUGGCGGCGGUAGUACAUGGACAUGAGAUAGGCGCAUCCGGGGACAAAGCCGGCCUCGAAGAUGCCGAGGAAGAAGCGACAGGCGAUGAGGCCGCCGUUGGACUUGACGAAGCCUUGACACAUGCAGGCGACGCAUACAAAAGCAAUGUAAUUGUCAAAAAAUAUCUUGGGGGUCAGUCUGUGCAACUUACCCCACAAAAACGUCAAACCGCUAAUCCAGGUCGACGGGGCAAUUUGCCUGAGGAUGAUAUUGCUUGGAAUAUCCAGCAGGAUGUACGGGACGAAGAAGAUCUGCAAGGCGAUAUUGAGGGCAUUGCCUUGGAGAUGCAGCUCGUUGACGAUGCCCAGGACGGCGACGUUGCCCAGGUUGAUGCGGUCUAG